UCCUGGAUUUGGGCCUCCCCCUUGUCCCUUCCUCCAUCCCCAAUAAUCUCCUCAGCCUUCGUCCCCGACCGCUGUCCGCAUGGUGCUUAGGUCGGAACAUCCUAGGAGACUGAGAAGCCCGCCCUCUUCGUCCUCCCUACCCAUCGCUAUCAUAGCCUCCUAAGUCCUCACUUCUCCCAUGGCUCCGCCGCAAACGCCCCGGCCGAAUCCCGGUUCCACAAUGUCCGAUCCUGCGUCGACAUCCAUCCCUGCACACGCCACGAACGGCGAGGCCCAUGCGCCCAACGACCACCACCACGACCAACUUCCCUUAUCAGACUCCAAACCCGUGUCGGUUAACCGCAAGAAGCAAAAACGCAGACAAAAACAGGCCGCCCGCUUGGCUGCGGAGCGUCAGUUCGGAAACGGCCACAUCUCCGCGGACAUGUCUGAGCAGAACGGUCUGAGCCCUACCGCGCCAGCGUCUCAUGUAUCCGACGAGCACGACCUCGACGAACGCGCCAACGGCGAAACGUACUAUGAGGAAAUUCACGACGCGACACAUGAUCUGGACGACCGCCCGCCGAGUCUGUCAAACGGGCAACCGGGCCAACAAAAUGCCACGGCUCGGAAAUCCAAGAAGAAGAAAGGAAAGAAGAAUCGGGCCGGCUCGCAGACCAUGGGCGAUGAAAGUUCGACUCCUCUAUCCACCCCUUCUGUCUCCAUGUCACAGCAUCUGCCCCCGCCAUUACCGCCGCAUCUGCCUCAUACGCUUCUGAAGACGGGUAAGGACCGCAGCAUUUGGAACACCUCCACGCAAGAAGAGCGAGAGAACAUCAAGACGUUCUGGCUUGAGCUUGGGGAGGAGGAGCGACGCCAGCUCGUCAAGGUUGAAAAGGAUGCGGUUCUGAAAAAGAUGAAGGAGCAGCAGAAACACUCGUGCAGUUGUACCGUAUGUGGGAGGAAAAGGACAGCCAUCGAGGAGGAAUUGGAAGUACUAUACGACGCCUACUAUGAGGAGUUGGAACAGUACGCCAACAACAACCAAGGCUCGUUCGAGAAGGGCCCGCCCAUGGUCCCGCCUCCGCGUUUAUACCACCCGCCUCUACGAUCACCCGGUCAACAUACACGGACGCAAGGCCAAUUUCAUCCCUCUCGAGGCCGAAUUCAUGAGUUGCCGGAAGACGACGAGGAUCUGGAGGAGGACUACGAUGAAGAUGAUGAGGAUGACGAGCCGUACAGCGACGACGAUUACGAAGACGAGGAGACCCGUGCAGCUCGCGCGGAUUUCUUCGCCUUUGGGAAUAGUCUAACUGUCAAAGAUGGCAUCCUUACAGUCGCGGACGAUCUGUUAAAGAACGACGGGAAACAUUUCAUCGACAUGAUGGAGCAAUUAGCUGAGCGCCGAAUGCAACGUGAAGAGGAUACCCAGUACGGCAUAGCAGCAGCACACCAAUCCCUCCAUGGCGGCCACAACCACGGUCCUCUAGAUGACGACGAUUAUGACGAGGAAGAGGAUGAGGACUACGAUAGUCAGGAAGAUGAAGAUUAUGAGGAGGAUGAAAUGGUCAGCUCCGGGAACUGGCCGGGUGGUGAUGCAGUGCAAGCUGACUCGUUUCUGCAGGACGCCAUGACGGAAGAGCAACGCAUGGAGGAAGGCCGACGGAUGUUUCAAAUAUUUGCGGCCCGAAUGUUCGAGCAGCGCGUCUUGACAGCCUAUCGAGAAAAGGUCGCAGAACAACGUCAGCAGAAACUGAUCGAGGAACUCAUGGAGGAGCAAACGCGGAACGAGCAACGAAACGCCAAGAAAGCGCGGGAGGCUCAGAAGAGGAAGGAUAAGAAGAAGCUCCAAAAGCAGGCCAAGGAGGAAGAGAAGGCGCGGAGGGAGGCGGAGAAGGCGGCCGAGGAAGCUGCGGCCAAGGCUGAACAGGAGAAGAAGCUGGAAGAGCAAAGGAGGAAGCGCGAGGAACAAAAGAAGAAGCGAGAAGCAGAACGCAAAGCCCAAGAAGCGGAGCGUCUCCGUAAGGAGGCGGAGAAGCAAAAGCGGUUGCGCGAAGAAAGAGAGCGACAGGCUGAGAUUGAGAGAAAGCAACGAGAGCAGAAGGAGCUGGAGAAGAAGCGACGAGAAGAAGCACGGCAAAACGACCUGCGGGAGAAGAAGACGAAGGAUGAGCGAGAACGUCAAGUCAAGGAUGCGCAGACACGUCGGGAGGCCGCCCCCAAGACCGAGUACGAAGGUCAGGAGAAACGCGAUCCCCAAGCGAAACGAGUGUCGCAUACAGGACCGGUUCCGAUCCCAGCCAGCUUGCAACACGCCCAGGCGCUCCCUGCAUACUUGCAGUCGCCGCAUUACCAAAUUGCUACUCCUAUUGUCCCCAAAGCUCCGACACCUGCCAGGCCGCGGCAACCGUCUCAACAGGGCUCCCAUACAUCGUCUCCGCGGUCCCAGCCUGCAAGCACCGAGCCAUCACAAGUAUCCAUUUCCCCACGAUCGAUGGCGCCGUCGCAGUCGUCAGGAGCGUCCAGCGUUACGUCCAAGCAGGGCCAUGGACAACCGCCGUUGCUUCACCACCCCCAGCCCUCGACUCCCCUAUCUCCCCUUGGUGCGUUGAACCGCCCUCAUCCACCCGGAUUCUCGCCAUCGAACCCGCCUGGGUUGGGCCUGGUCUCCCGUCCACCGAUUGGUCAUGACUUACCUUCAUACCCGCCGCAUUCGGGCCCGCUGAUGAACCAACUGCGAGGGUUUCCUGCGCCAAGUGGACUGCCCGUGCUUCCAAGCAUGAACGGAACUCGUCCUAUGCCUCCGGGACGUGGCUUUCCGCUCGAUCCAGGACAUGGUCUAGCAUUCCAUCAGCAGCCCAUAACCAAUGCGUUCGCUGCGCAGCCGAGCGGGCUGUCUCAUGCUCAUUCCAGACAGCCGUCCAGCUCGUUUGAGCGGUCGCCUCUGGAUGCGCAUGCCUUCCCAAUCUCCCGGCCUAGCCCUAUCAAGCGCCCGUCAAGCACCCAACAAGACCAGAACAACCGGUCAGCGCAGCGCGAUGUGGAUGAUCUAAGUGCGCAUCUGGGCAGCAGUGCUCUUCUCGAUGACAGUGAUGUUCCGUUUACUUCGAAUCUCUCCCAGUCGCUUCCUGGCGCGACUGCUCCUGGCACCUUCCCUGGACCGACCCGAGCCAGCUUUGCAGGAACGUCCCUCUUCGCAGAUCCCCUAGCAGCCAAGCAUAGUGGUUUCCCGAUUGGCCCGAGUGUAGGAAACACGUGGAGUACACAGAUUCCCUUCGGCACGUCUCCUUUCCCCAGCGCUCCCACAUGGGGAACAGGACCUGGAAGUGGCUGGUCCAACAACGCAUUUGCUCCCGGCGGUCACCACCGUGCGCAUGCCUCUCGGCCCGUGACGAUACGACUGCUGGUCAUCCAAGCCUGCAAGCAACUCAACAUGAUGAGCCCUUCCAAGGGAGCCAGUGGGUACCAUGAUGUGAACGUUGUCCUUCGUCAGGUAAAUCAGCUACGGCCGCCCAAUGAGCCUCCGAUCUCGUUGAAGGAAAUGCUGGACAUCUGCGACACGGAAGGCAACUCGCAGAACGGAGGCGGAUCGUUCUCAAUCAGGAGCGAUGAAACGGGGGAAUGUGUCAAGUUCGAACCGGACACAAACAGUGCGUCCUCAGGUCACAGAGGCAGCAUUGUUCCAGGGGAAAUCGGCAGUCCGGUUCCUAGUAGCAGUCUUCCAGCGUUCGGCGGGAUCGGCUCAUCAACACCAUCCGUGCUCCGACAGUUUUCUUCCCCUACGGGGUUCUAGGCUUCCAGUUGCAAUGGCACGAGAAUCAUUGAUGACAUCCUCACUUUCUUCCCUUUUCCGUCAUCUAUUCCUUCUCCAUCAAUUCCUCCUACUCUACCGAAUGAAAGCG